AUGAUCAUACGUGAGCACUCUGUCCUGGACCGAGAGGGAACGGCCAAGAGGAAUCUGACAGACAAAGUCCAGACGGCGGUGGACAGAGAUGAAACUAUAUCCCCAUCCCUUUGGGUCCUUCUCCCCCUCGUCGUGGCGCGUUUGUGGGCGGAGGAGAGGGACGGAGCUGUCGCUUUCACCGUUAUCGGCCUAGAGCCGGAGAGGAGGUCAACGGGCAAGGCUCGGGGAGCCAGCACCGGGAGAGCGGGGACGGAGGAGGAGGAGGAGGUGAAGGAUGGGGAGCGAGCGCACGAGGAGGAAAACGAGAUGCACGAGCGCCAGGUGGGACCCAGAGCGAUGGAGAUGCAGCGAUGUGCAGUGAGCGAGCUGUCCUUCUCAGCAGAACUCGGUCGCAUCAUCAUGUAUAUCACAAGGCUACAGCUGAACUGCUCCAGGGUUUUACCCCCAGGGAAGGCCCAGACAGUGGCGCCCCCCGUGGCUUCAGCUCGCUCGCUGCUGUGUGCCAAGGACUGGCUGCUUCCAGCUGCAGAUGGACUCUGCGUUGCUUACUCCUUCAGUAUGGAUGGAGGAGACGCAGACUUUCUGAGCACCGUCUCCAGACUCGGAUGCAAAGCCCACAGUUUUGAUCCCAGCACCUCCAGUGCAUCUGUUGGUCACCUUGGCAACAGUUUGGCCAGUAACCAUGGCAACAGGGGCGUCGUCAGCCAGCACAAAUUGUGGCUGGAGUGGCGAGCUCCGAAGAGGCGCAGGCACGGGGCGAGCGGCAGCCCCGGGCGGGGCUGCUCACACGCUGGCCAACAUCAUGGCGGCGCUUGGGAUUCACACCGUUCAUUUUUUUUGUAUGCUGACCUGUUAAGUGCUGAGUGGUGGCUUUUUCAGAACUGGAUCGGGGCGGGGACUCUGCAGAACAUUCAUCAUCUGGUCGCCACUGUGCACCUGCACUGGGCAGGCUUUGAGGUGGGGGGCAGCGACGAGGAGGUGCUCCGCUACUGGUUCAGUGUGCUGCGGGGCCUUGAGGCCGCUGGACUCCACCUGGUUGACAGUCCUUAAGCACACUGUGGAAAGCGCUCGCAGCUCCUACACCCUCAGCUGGGUCAACACACGACACUGACACUCAACAAAUGCUGUUGUGGAGGGAAACAAACAAGACUGAGAAUGUUUUGCCUGAAAAAUGAUGCAGUUCUGUGGAAAAAAAAUUUGCCUUUCUUUUACCACAAAUUUCUUCAUCCAACACCGCCCUCUAGUGGGCGUUAAUGGAUUUACAUUUUACAACUUGAGAGGGAAAGAGACGUGUUCAUUAUACAAUGCUGACAACAAUUACUCUCUGUGGCGGGAAAAGGAACAGUGGCUGAUGUUCUUUGUUCAGGUCAAAAUAAUGUGAUUCAAAGAAUAUAUUUUCUGCAAAGCUGGCAAUAAAAUACAGAACAGAAAUGCCUUUUUUGCUUGGCAUCCUGAGAUGACUUUUGUUUUGAGUUUGAGCUGUUUACAUAAACUGAAACGACUGCCCCCUAUUUAAAUGCACAGUUAAUAAUUAUCUGGAAAAAAGCUAAUUUGAUUAAACAAAUAAUCACAACCUCUUUACAUAUAUUUUAACCAACGGUAUCCCAAAGAAAAUAUUUAAUAAAGCUUGUUUAUUUUUCUGUACAUCUGUGUAAAACAUCAAUCCCCUUUUAAAAGUGUGCAUAUUUAAAUUUAUUAGAUAAAACUGUGCUUCCUUCAGUAACGCGUUCAGUGCCUUGCAGAGCUCUUUUAAUGUUUCCUUUUUUUUCUCUCCCUCUUUACAAUCGCAUAAUUCAAUAUAAUUCACCAGAAAUGUAUGUGGUAGCCAGCACAAGAAAUGAUCAAAUCCGUAAGCAAAAGUAAUCUUUUCUUUUUAAAUAAAUACUAAUCUAUAA